UGCACGCAUAAUGAGCACUGUGCUUUUGACUGUAGGCUUCAGCACAGAAACCGUUCAAGUAGAGCUCAACAGGACUGCCCGUAUCAAAAGCAACAACACUCGCAAAAGCAUUGCCACAGCGAUGAAGCAGUCGGGCUGCUUUGACGGGCAUUCCUCGAAUCUGAACCUCCGCGCCCGCACAAGCGAGCACGGUUCCGAGUCUUCCGUCGAUAGCUUCAACGACACAGCAGAAGAGUUUUGCAACCGGGGAGGCAGCUUCGUUGCGGAGCUCUCCCAAACCUAUCGCGACGAGGUUCGUGCGUUUCGCGCUGAGCUCCGGGCCGCUGAGACCCGGGCCGCUGAGACCCGGGCCGAGCUGCAGGCGCUGCAAUCGCGGGUGAACGACCUCGAGGCCUUCAAAGCGGUAGCUUUCCGCGCCGUCAAUGACGAGGUGCACAAGAAGAUUCAGGCCGCGUUCGGACCGACGCCGGAGAACCAGCGCUGGGACGUCUUUCUGACGCUGCAGUUCAGUCAGCACCAGGACUGGUUUGAGCAGCGCUCCUUGGGUUUGGCAGAACUCCCGUUGCUGAACAAGGGGCCGAACACCUAUUUCGAAGCCGGCAACAACGCUGCGCACAGCCCCCCGCCCGCUGUCGUGAGCCGAAUUGUCGGGGAGGAAGGUGCGCUGCAGCAGAAGGGUUUCGACGCGCUGCUGGACGCCUCGGAGCCGUUUGCGGAGUUCGUCGGCCCCCACCAGGGCGCGGUGGACGCGGCGGGCGCCGUGAUCAAGAACAGCUUCGUCCUGGGCCGCCCGGACGGCUGUGGUAUGGGCGGCCAAUAUGACAGCGAUUUCCGCGGAGCGGGUGGCCACACGCGCUGCGACAGUGUCGGGCGCGCCACGCCCGUAGACUUCCUGUUUGUUCCCCGUGGAGAGAGCCGGCCGGCAGAGGUGCACCAGCUGGUCGGUCACGGCCACAUCUGGGGUGGGCCUGGGGCACGUGGAGACCGAGUACCCGAGUGUGGGCGCCGGUGGUGGCACGGGGUUCCGCCAAUGCUGCUGCCAGCCGGCGCCACGCCCACCAACUGGAGCUGCACGAUGGUCACGGACCUCGGCUCAUGCAGCUCUGCGCAGCUAGAGGCGAUGGCCGCCGCCACGAGUGCCGCGGCGGCGGCGCUGGCGGCAGCGGUACCGGCCUGCUCUCAGCCGCCGCCCAUGAUGCCGCUGGACAUUCAGGAAUCGGAUUACCUGGAGGCCUGCAGCAUCCGUGGCAAGGCGGGCGGCGCCACCGCCUUCGCGCGCGGGGUCGGCCUGUACGACCCGGCGCACGCGGAGGCGGUGAAGGCCGGCAGGGCGGCGGGCGGGGUGCCCAGCAAAUGCGGCAAGUGCGGCGACUGCAAGCGCUGCAAAAACCGUAUCAUCCAGCAGAACUGGCGGGCGAAGAAGAAGGCGAUGAAGGGCGGCGCCGGUGGCAGUGGUGGCAGCGGCGGCGGCGGCUCGGCGGCGGCGGUGGUGGGCCUGACCGCCAACGAGGAGGCGGCGGUGGUGGACCUGACCGCCAACGAGAGCCACACGUGUGUUCUGUGAGCAUGCUGACUGUCGUGGAGUGACGGUAGGCUGUUGUGUGGCAAUGUUGCGCACUGAAGGGCCGCUAGUUGCACCAGGAGGUUCUCUACUUGACAUGAAGGACGCCAUCAACAGCUGGUUCCGCUGGCCGGUAACUGCAGUACUGCCAGCGUAUCAGUGCAGUUCAUGGGAGACCGCGGCGGUAAGGCUUCAAGGCUUUCGGCUGUCAAGCACAAGCCGGUGCAGCUGAUUGAUGGACUCAGGUCAAAGUGCAAUGUGCAUGAGAUAAAUUCCAUUGGGAAGGCUGUAGAUCAGACCAUUGGCUGGCGUUCCUGGGAUGAGAAGUGGUGAUGCUGUCAUGCUGGACUUGGCCAUUCCUGUGGGUAUAAGAUGCACGUUAGCUACUCUGCAAGAGCAUUUGCCGGUGGUCAGUGCAUAUUGUCGCCGCCAAUAGUGUUGUGGGACAAAUUCCUGACAUGUCGGGAUCAUCGUUGUGUGAAAGUCGGGAUGUCUACAGGUGACCCUGGGUAUUGUUGAACCGGGGGUAUUGUUGUCCCGGGCCCCGUGCGUACUGGGCUCUUAGAGUUUCGGGCCCUCCUCCCGGACUUCAGCUGUACCGACCAUACCCAUGAAGGCUGCCGGGUCACAUUUGGAGUUGGCCACUUGCCGGGCACCCAGGGUUUUUCGACAUGCACGAAUGCGUCGGCGGUCGGUUGACCGGACUUAGUGCCGCUUCGCACAUCGCAGAAGGCGCCAAAAGUCAUUAACAAUAUUAUAAUAGAUUUCUGUAUAGCGUCCCGACGAGUUUGAUGCUGUUUGCAAUUUUCGUUUGGUGCGGCAUGCUAACAUUUUCGCGGCAUCAUACCCAAGAACCCCAAAGAAAUGCCAGCAACUACGUGUAUUGCAGCUGCAUAGUGCGAAUACGUUCACUAGGUGAGGCGGACCACGGCUGAGUUAGUUUGCGGCAGGCCACACCUUGUUCCUUGAACCCCACCUCACCCUCAUACGCACGAGACGAAACCAUGACGUUGGGCGGGCAGGCAACAGCUAAGUUGCUGUCAAAGACCGUGGAGCACAUGCUUUUAGUGUAAAUACGAUGUGUGCGGGCGGGCAGAGUGCGGCGUGCAACAUGUGCGGGAAGCCAUACCGCACCCUCCGCGCGCCAUCACGCCGUACAUGUGCUACCUGCAAAACCCCGGUCCCCGGCUGUAACUCCUUCUGCAG